AACGAUGGGGCUAGAAAGAGAAGUUUCGGGAACUUGCCCCAAAAGGAGAGGAGACAAGAGAAGAGAGAGCAAACGUGGGGGCUGGGCACAGCGCCCCAGCCCCAAUGUAAGUAGGGGGAGGGCGGAGCCCUGAAGGCCUCAGACCAUUCCCCAGCCCUGACAGGGUCACAUCAGGGGGCCCAAGACAGGGGAUCCUUCGGAAAUGGAAGGCUCUCUGUGUGUAUAGCAUCAGGAAAGUCAGACAGCUGGAUCUCUUUGGGAACAGGAGCUGAGCUCAGAUUUCCUGCUCUCGGGGUUCAUACAGCUAGCCCGCUGCUUCUGAGAGCUCGUACCUCGAGCACUGUGCCAAAGGCGCUCAUCUUAACGGUCUCGCUUCGUCAUUAUAGCAUUGCUGAGACAUGAGCAUAAGCCCCUUUUCCCAAAUGGAGAAAUUGAGACUCAGAAAGGUGAAGUAACCCAUCCAAGUUCACCAGGCAGGUAAACACCAAGCUGGCGAAAUGGUGGGGCUGGGAGCCUGCAACCUGACUGGAGUUACCCUGAUUGUCUUGCUACUCCCCAGAAGUCUGGAGGGCUGCGGGCAAAUCAGGAUCUCACCCCCCAUUGUCCAUCUUGGGGAUCCUGUCCUGGCCUCCUGCACCAUCAGCCCAAACUGCAGCAAACUGGACCGACAGCCAAAGAUCCUAUGGAGACUGCAAGAUGAACCAAACCAGCCUGGGGACAGACAGCAUCACCUGCCUGACGGGUCCCAGGAGUCCAUCAUCACUCUGCCUCAUCUGAACUACACUCAGGCCUUCCUCUUCUGCUUGGUGCCAUGGAACAACAGCUUCCAGGUCCUGGAUCAAGCUGAGCUUCGUGCAGGCUAUCCUCCUGCCAGCCCCUCCAACCUAUCCUGCCUCAUGUACCUCACCACCAACAGCCUGGUCUGCCAGUGGGAGCCAGGCCCCGAGACCCACCUGCCCACUAGCUUCAUCCUAAAGAGCUUCAGGAGCCGCACCGGCUGUCAGUACCAGGGGGGCACCAUCCUGGACUGUAUGCCCAAGAAGAGACACAGCAACUGCUCCAUCCCCCGCAAACACUUGCUUCUGUACCAGAAUAUGGUCAUCUGGGUGCAAGCGGAGAAUAUGCUAGGGUCCAGCGAGUCCCCAAAGCUGUGCAUUGACCCCAUGGAUGUUGGCAGGGAAAGUUUGACAACCCCACCUCCUGCAGUGAAAUUGGAGCCUCCCAUGCUGCAGGCCCUGGACAUUGGCCAUGAUAUAGUCUCUCGCCAGCCUGGCUGCCUAUGGCUGAGCUGGAAGCCAUGGAAGCCCAGUGAGUUCAUGGAGCAGGAGUGUGAACUCCGUUACCAGCCACAGCUUGAAGGAGCCAACUGGACCCUGGUGAGGCCGAGAAAAACCUCGAGAUGGAGGUGGGGAAUGGAGAGAGGGCAAGCUGGAUUUAGUGUUACCCCUCCCACACACCAGGUGUCCCACCUGCCUUCCAGCACGGACCGGUUCGAGCUCUGCAGCCUUCAUCAAGCCCCAGUCUACACCCUACAGUUGCGAUGCAUCCGCUCAUCUCUGCCUGGACUCUGGAGCAGCUGGAGCCCUGGCCUUCAGCUGAGGCCCACCAUUAAGGCCCCCACCAUCAGACUGGACACAUGGUGGCAGAAGAAGCAUCUGGAUCCUGAGACAGUGAGAAUGCAGCUGUUCUGGAAGCCAACACCCCUGCAGAAAGACAGUGGACAGAUCCAGGGCUACCUGCUCUCCUGGAGUUGCCCAGAUGGGCAAGGGCGGAUCAUGCACCUCUGUAACACCACAGAGCUCAGCUGCACCUUCCACCUGCCCUCAGAGGCCCAGAACGUGACCCUUGUGGCCUACAACUCGGCGGGGACCUCCUCCCCUACUCUGGUGGUUUUCCUGGAGCACGAAGGUCCAGCUGUGACCAGCCUGCAUGCCAUGGCCCAAGACCUUGGUAGCAUCUGGGUAGACUGGGAAGCCCCCAGCCUUCUGCCUCAGGGCUAUCUCAUUGAGUGGGGCCCGGAUUCCCACAAAUACAGCAAUAAUUCCUGGAGGAUAGAGCCCAAUGGGAACACCACUGGAAUUCUGUUAGAGGACAAUAUACAUCCCUUUCAACUCUACAGAAUCACAGUGGCUCCCCUGUACCCAGGCACCGUGGGACCCCCUGUAAAUGUCUACACCUACUCUGGAGAGAAAGCCCUUCCUCAUGCUCCAGAGCUAUAUCUAAAGCAUGUUGGCAGGACCUGGGCACAGUUGGAGUGGGUACCUGAGACCCCUUGGCUGGGGAUGAUACCCCUCACCAACUACACCAUCUUCUGGACCGAUGCUCGGGACCACUCCUUCUCUGUCACCCUGAACAUCUCCUUUCAUGACUUUGUCCUGGACCACCUGAAACCUGCCAGUUUGUAUCACGUCUACCUCAUGGCCACCAGCCGGGCAGGGUCCACCAACAGUACAGGCCUUACCCUGAUGACCAUGGCCCUAGAUUCAUCUGAUGUAAACAUUUUCCUGGGCAUACUUUGCUUCGUACUUUUGUCCAUUACCUGUGCAACUGCCUGGUUCUGCUGCAAGCAAAGCAGAAAGACUUUCUUCUGGCCAAAUGUGCCAGACCCAGCCCACAGCAGUCUGAGCGCCUGGGUGCCCACCAUCAUGACAGAGGAAACCUUCCAGCUGCCCAGCUUCUGGGGCUCCAGUGUGCCGUCAAUCACCAAGAUCACUGAACUGGAGGAGGACAAGAAACCGACCCACUGGGAUCCCAGUGAGAGCUCUGGGACUGGGAGCCUUCCAGCCGUGGUUCAGGCUUACGUGCUCCAAGGAGACCCAAGAGAAAUUUCCAACCAGUUCCAGCCUCCCUCUAGCACUAAUGACCAGGUUCUCUAUGGUCAGGUGCUUGGGAGCCCCACCAGCCCAGAAGUAGUGGGAUACCUUCGGUGUGACUCCACUCAGCCCCUCUUGGGAGGCCCCACACCCAGCCCUAAAUCCUAUGAAAACAUCUGGUUCCAUUCAAGACCCCAGGAGACCUUUAUACCCCAACCUCCAAGCCAGGAAGAUGACUGUGUCUUUGGACCUCCAUUUGAUUUCCCCCUCUUCCAGGGGCUCCAGGUCCAUGGAGUUGAAGAACAAGGGGGUUUCUAGGACUUUUGGGGUCCUUACAUCCUGAAGGCCCUGGCCUAUUCAGGAAAGAUCCCACCACUAAUAUCUACUGGUCCUGAGGGAAACAGAAAGGCCCUAUUUGUCUCCAGCUGUGGCCCCUAGGACCUCUCCUUCACUCUAACCUCCACAGGCUACACCCCUAGGUCUUUCUCACACUCCAAGGUCCAGAUACAUACUGUUUACAGCCCACUAGUCACCUUGUGUCUCUCAUAUAAUUUCAGUCCGUUAAACUGAGUGUAGGUUUUGAGCAGGGACUAGCACGUUCACAAAUCCUGGCUGGACGUAGUGAUACAUGCCUAGCAUCCCAACUCAAACGUUUGGGAGGAAGAUGCAGGAGGAUUGCAAGUUCCAGGCCAGCCUGGGCUAUAUGAAGAGAUCCUGCCUCAGAAAUUAAGCAAAAGCCAAAUAAAAUUUUUUUAUUACAUUUACUUUUUGUUGGUGGGGUUGGGGGCUCACAGGCAAAGGUCAGACACCUUAAGGGAAUUAACUCUGGCCUCCAGCCUGUGGAUUUUGGGAGGUGAACGUAAGGUUUAGUGGCAAGCAUCUUUCCCCAGGGAGGCAUUUCACUAGUCCCAGAGAGGAGUCUCUUAAGUAUAGCUAAGUGUCUUUUACACUUGUCUGUCUGUCUGUUUUUCAAAAAAAGGUUUCUCUGUGUACCUGUCCUAUCUGUCCUGGAACUCACUCUGUAGAACAGGCUGGCCUCAAACUCAGAGAUCCACCUGCCUCUGUCUUCUGAAUGGUGGGAAUAAAGGCCUGCACACCACCACCCAGCAGUGUCAUUUCCUCUCAGGGCCCAGCAGUCAUGAAGCUAUUUCUCAGUCAGUCAUCUGUUCCGUUCCUUCCCUCCUCUUCCUCCUUCCUUCCUUCCCUCCCUUCCUCUUUCCUUCCUUCCUUCCUUCCCUCCCUCCCUCCCUCCCUCCUUCCUUCCUUCCUUCCUUCCUUCCUUCCGUCCUCUUGCCUAGCAUCUAAGAUUCAAAAGAGACAACCCCCAUAGACAGCUGCUAUACUGGCAAUGGGGUCUUAAAACUGAUAAUCAGAAAACAAGCAAGAGCUUCUUGGAAGGAACUGGAGUGUUAGGGAACACAGACCUGGGAAGAGAGGAGCCCUGCUGCAGCUGCUGCUGCUGCAAUCCCAACAUGUGAGAGGCUGAAACAGGAAGGCUGUCCAUUUGAGGUUAAGUUGUGAUACACAGCAAGUCAAGAGCCUCUCUCUGCUUCUGCCUCUCUCCCUCUUUGUGUAUCUGUCUGUUUCUUGUGUGUGUGUGUGUGUGUGUGUGUGUGUGUGUGUGUGUGUGUGUGUGUGUUGUUGAUUGGUUUUGGACUUUUUCCCCUUGGGGAGACUCCAAUACCGAUUUCUGUGGUGAUUACACACACAUUCCCAGUAGCAAUGUAGAAGAACGUUUUCAGCUAUGCUCACGCCUUUAAUCACAGCACUCAGGAGGCAGAAGAAAGCAGAUGUCUGAGUUUGAGCCAGCCUGGUCUACAGAGUGAGUAAAUUCCAGGAUACCCAGGGCUAUCAAACAAACAUUUCUUGUCACUCAGGGUCUUGGUGACAGUCAUUUCUCCUGGGGUGAGAUGGCAUUUCAAUGUAUUUUUCAAUUUGCAUUUCCAUUGUGGCCAGGUGUGUUGAAUAUUUUUUCCAAUAUCUAUUAACAAUUCUUUUUUUAUUAUUAUUAAAUUUACUUAAUUUCUAUUUUUUAUUCAUUUAUUAUAUAUAAGUACACUGUAGCUGUCUUCACAUACACCAGAAGAGGGUAACAGAUCUCUUUACAGAUGGCUGUGAGCCACCAUGUGGUUGCUGGGAAUUGAACUCAGGACCUCUGGAAGAGCAGUCGGGUCUCUUAACCACUGAGCCGUCUCUCCAGCCCCUAUUAACAAUUCUUAUCUCUUCUUUUGGGAAGUAUCUGACCAAUUCAUUUGUCCAUGUAUUGACCAACGAUCUGGUAUUGGGAAUUUAAAUACUGGAGUUCCUUGUAUAAUAUACAUAAUUCCAUUAGAUAAUUUUUUUUUUGGUUCUUUUUUUCGGAGCUGGGGACCGAACCCAGGGCCUUGCACUUCCUAGGCAAGCGCUCUACCACUGAGCUAAAUCCCCAACCCCCUCCAUUAGAUAAUUAACUGGUCAAAUUUUCUCCCAUUCUGAUUGCCCCACACACAUGUAGAGACGAAAGGUUGAACUCUCCGUGGUUGUCAGUUUGCCUUGUCUUGUUUUGUUUUGGAGACAGAAUUUCACUAGUUCUGACUGGCCUGAAACUUGCUAGGUAAACCAGGCUGGCCUCAAACUCACCGAGAUAUCCCCCUGCCUCUGCCUCCUAAGUGCUGAGACUAAGACAAGUGCUACCAUGCCCAUCCACCCUACUUUUUCUUUUAUUAAAUAUUUGCUUAUUUUCUUGUG